UGCAUUUACAGCGCGGAUGAUCGUACGAGCAUAAUGACAACCAGCCAACUAAACGUACACAGGACAUGCUGUGUCUGACGUCAAAAGAAUUUCCGCGGUCCAUAUUGUGCAAAAUGGCGCACUGUUUUCAGGUCAACCGAGACGAGAUAAUGAACACCCCUUCCCGUGAUGCCGAAACCGGAUUAAAUAUUAACCUCCAGUUUUUGUAUUUUAUCGGCGGAUUUUAGAAAUGUUUGAUAAGUGAUGCCGAGCAGACUGGCACUCGCACGCAAGGUAUACGUACGCAAUUUUUUAGGGAGGAACCACGGUGCCGUUGUAUACGAUUGGCAAUGCUGGAUUUAUAGCGAAGACACCUGUGUACAUUUUCGACAGUCAUGACAGUUCAGAGAUGGAGGAGUGAUUAUUUUCCACAUGACGAAAAGGACUGAUUUUGAUUUUCAAGUUUAAUGUUGCAGGCUACGGACAUUACAGGUGUUAUCGCUGUGUGUAGGCCUGCAAUAUUGUUGUGCCAACACGGGCCUGGCACUGUUUAAUCGGAGGAUUUAACCUUGCGUAAUCUACAUACAUAUAGUAUUUGUUUGCCUUUUGGGCUAAACACCGAGGACUGAAUGGUCUUGGAUACGGCGUCAAUAGACUCCGGGAGAAGUUCCUCAGGAGACCCACCAACGAGUACCAUGGCCGUGGAUGGGUUACGGAAUGGCUACACCAACGCUGCGUUCGAUGCCAGCGGGGACGACGGGGACUUACCCGCGGGGAAUCACAAGGUUCUCCCCGGGUCGACCCCCGCCGUCGACACGGUCACACCGGGGUCCCCGUACCGGGGAUCGCCCAAGCGCAACCACCUCACACUCCACGCUUACACGGACCAGGACAUGAACGGUACUGUUCCAACCACCGUGGACCAACCGAAAAACACUUGCGGAUACUGCUGUUGGAAACCCCGGUGUCUACAGGGUCUAGCAUCGGGGAGGUUCUUCGUCUUGUUCUGCAGUCUCUUGUCCCUCACGGAGGCAGGGUUGACCAUUGGGUACAUCAGCAGUGUCGUCACCAGCAUUGAGCUGAACUUCAACUUCAGCAGCACGCUAACAGGGUUCGUCGUCAGUUGCUACGACAUCGGGACAUUACUGGUCGUCCUUACCAGCUACUACGGGGGCCGAGCAGCGUCCAACCGCCCGCAAUGGAUCGCCUGGUCCGCAUGGGUCAUGUCUCUCGGAGCCUGCAUCGUGCCCUUGUCCCACUUCGCAACGGGGACAUACGCCCCGGGGAACGGCGGCAACUCCACGGGAUCUCUGCUCUGUUCCGCGGAGCCCGGAGUGUCUUCGCCCACGGAAAGUCCGGAGGGGGAGUGCAACGGGUCGCAGGAGCCUCAGACCGUGGCCUUAGCCUUCCUGAUCCCAGGGAUGCUGUUGAUUGGUGCUGGGUCCACCUCCAUGUUCACGCUAGGGACGACGUACAUCGACGACUACGUGCGGAAGAGCGAAGCACCGAUUCUCCUAGCAAUCUUCUUCUGUACCACCGUCAUCGGCCCUGGGGUGGGGUUCGUCGUGGGCUUCCUCGUUCUCGGCCUGUACGUCGACUUCAACGUCGCGACCCCAGACUCCCUAACGGUCAACGACCCGGAAUGGCUCGGGGCCUGGUGGCUGGGGUUCUUCAUCUGUGCAGCAACUAUCGCAGUCACCGCUAUCCCGGUCUACGCCUUCCCGGCCCGUCUACCAAAGCCUGGGAUGGAGGACGAUGUGCCGGCGAAGGAAUCUCAGGCAACUGACAGUAAAUCGGUCGCAUCCGACUCGGACGAUAGUCAGCAGGUCAUGAUGACCUUCAGUCACAUCGCUUUAAAAAACAUUCCCCCUGCAAUAUGGAACCUGCUGAAGAACCCCAUCUACAUGAUGAUCAACAUAGCGUCUGCGGUGGAGUUCAGCAUCGUGACGGGCUUUGUCCGAUUCUCGCCCAAGUUUAUCGAGUACCAGUUCAAUCUCAGCGCCUCCACGGCGAACCUGGUCACAGGUACACUGGUUCCCGUCGGCGCAGUGGGCGUGGUCAUCGGCGGCAUCAUCUUAAACCGGGUUAAGCGUGACCUCAUGACCACCAUAAACGUUUUGUGCAUUUUCACCGUGAUCUCUGGCGGCCUGUACGCGUUUGUGUUUAUACCAGGCGCCUGCCCUUCGCUACCGCUAGCUGGAGUAACAACGCCUUAUAUUUACAGUGACAGUGACUGGCACUCGCCGCGCAGUUUCCACAACGUCAACCUAACCAGCUCAUGCAACGCCCCCUGUAGUUGCCAGGAGUGGGACUAUUACCCCGUCUGCGGUUCCAAUGGGUUGACGUACUUCAGUGCGUGUCACGCGGGCUGCCUGGAACAGCGAGAUUUGCCUGCUGAUGUGGGCUCGGAAGACCAGAGAACACUAGUGAAUUACACCAACUGCAGCUGCAUUGACAACUACAUUCCCGCGCUCCCGGAGAAUUACUCGCUUAGCAACGCCAACCUCGCCCGACGCGCAGAACUGUUGAGACAAUUCCGCGAGGACGGCAUUGAGAUCUACUACGACGGCCAGAAAUUCGCUUACGCCGGCUCGGAUGUAGAGGGCGCCAUCACGGGCCAGUGCGCCCAGGAGUGCACCACGCUAAUCCCGUUCAUUUGCCUGCUCCUGUUGGUGGUCUGCGUGACGUCAAUCGUGCAAAUGCCAGCGCUGAUGACCACCCUGAGGAGCGUCAAGAAAGAGGAGAGGCCGUUUGCUCUCGGUCUGCAGUUUGUCGUCAUAAGACUUCUUGGUUACAUACCAGCGCCAAUCUACUACGGCGCCACCAUCGAUGGAGCCUGUAUCCUCUGGCAGCAGACCUGCAGCGACCGCCGCGGCUCCUGCCUCGAGUACGACAACGAGAAGUACUUCUACCGCUACCUGGGCCUGUCCACCGGCCUCAAGACCAUCUCGGUGGUCAUGGCCAUCUUCUGCUGGGUCGUGGUCAAGCGCAAGUACGGCAAGCAACUUUCCCAGUCCGACGACGAGGGCGAGUCGGAGCUGGGCCGGCGCGGCGGGGCCGAUAUCGGCCGCUCUGCGGCCUCGCUGUCUACGCAACUCGAUGACGUCGCGGAGGACCCGGGUCAGGGGUCACAAAACGGCAUCUCAGUCAUAAGCAAUUUCAAAAUGGCGGACGGUUCGUCUCUGGCGCGAGAACCCGCCAUGAUGGAUACAGUCUUUAGUUGAUGUUUAAAUCAUUAUUUUAAAAAAACCUUCCGAACACGUCCGUUUUCUUCAGGUGCUUUCUGCUUAAUUCCAAGCUAAUUUCCAUUAUUAAACUCGUUAUUUAAUGUCGUGAAAGUUCAAGCUUUGAUAUGUGGGCUAACUGGUGUGCUUUUCAAAAGUUGUAUUGUGCAUGUCGUCAGUAGAUGGCGCUGUUUAGCGACAUUUUUGCAGCGUGUCGGGAAACUUCAUUCAGUUAAUGAUAUUGAAUCGUUUGUAAUGGAAGUCAGUUCACUAUGCAUAUAUACUUCCAUUACUCACAUCCACCCCCUUUUGUACUGCCUUGAUUCCAUAGUACGAGUAUAAACAGCGCCCUCUGUUGACUCGAUAAAUGAGUCCUUGCAACACGUCACAAAAAUGAGAAGAGAGAGGUGGGGGGAAAAUAUUCCGAAUCGGAAUUUGCGUAAAAUAUUCUUGUGAGUAGUAACUAAACUCGACAAGAUUUUGUUCUGGGUGUGUUUCCAUGGUUUCACAUUCAGCCGUUGCUGUCACAGCGUGUUAAUUUCAACUUGAAACAAUUCAUGUACAAACAGAAAAUUUAUCGAAUGUUAUGUAUAUACGAAGUGACAUUGUAUUAUAUUUGUUAUUAGUUAGGCCUACUGCUCGCGCGGUCUUCAGAACUGAUUUGUUCGGUCUUAAACUUUGCAAUUUGUUGUCUUUUUGACGUGCGCAAUAGGCAAAACUAAUCUUUCAGAAAUAAUUAUAUAACGUUUAUACCUUAUUGGGAUGCCAAAGAAUAAUUGAUACUAUUUUGUACUAAACUACUAUAAUGUGAACUACCACUGAUACUUAAUGAUUAUAUCUGAUCUUUAUUUUUCUUGUCAAACGCAGGGUGCCUUUAAAAUGAUUGUGCCUAAAUCAUUUUCUGUUAGUAAGUUUUGUGAAGUAGUCUUUGGUUCAAAUUCAAGUUUUGGAAAUAAAUCUUUGCUCAAUCAACUCUUCAGCCAAAAGAUAGAUGUGAUGGAAUCGAA